GACGGGUGACGGAAGAAGUGGGAUUCGCUCUGUGUGUGAAAAAUCGGUCUUCAAAUAACCUGUUCGUUAUAUUCUUUAGUUUCAUGUUGAAUUGCGGCUCUCGUGACGCGACUCUCUUUUCCUUUCAUCUCUCCACGAUCGUCACCUGCGCCGGUACAGUGAAGAGCUGAUUUUUAGUGGCAAAUUUGUAUAGUAUGGUGAUUCCCUGUAUUUUUUAACGAUGAAUUUCCGGUUUCUUACCAUCCCGUGGAUUAGUUCCCCUUCUAACGAAGAUUUGGGAUUGGGAGUGACUCUCAAAUCCCCUAGUACCUUUAUGGAAAAUCAGAAAGAGAAGUUUAAUUUCAAUAUUAGAUUAUGGGGUUGGUCCUUGUUUUCAGUUCUUCCAUGGGCAAUAAAUUCUAGUUCUAGAGAUAAAAUUUGUGCACGGACCACCAUAAACAAGGAGUUGAGAAAGCAUGCCCGGCCUCAUGGAGGGAUUAUUGAGUCUGGUAGGGAGGAUACCCCUUUGCGUUUUAGGCCAUAUGUGUGCAAGGUUCCAUGGCAUACGGGUGGAAGAGCCUUUCUUUCGCAGUUAUUUCCACGUUAUGGGCAUUACUGUGGGCCUAAUUGGUCAAGUGGGAAAGAUGGUGGAUCUCUUAUUUGGGACAAGAGGCCAAUUGAUUGGUUAGAUUUUUGCUGCUAUUGUCACGAUAUUGGUUAUGAUACACAUGAUCAAGAGAAGCUUUUGAAGGCUGACUUAGCAUUUCUUGAGUGCUUGGAGAGGCCACAUAUGAAAACAAAAGGAGAUCCUCGUGUUGCUCAUGUUUACAGAACCAUGUGUAUCACAGGUCUCAAAAAUAUACUUAUACCGUACAGAAGGCACCUAUUGAAGCUACAGUCUGGACAACCUCUUAUCGAUUUUGGAUGGAUUAGUAAUGUGAAAUGGAAAUUUUGGAAUUUUCAGAAAACUUGAGAGAACAUGGGGCCUAAAUAGUUAUUGAGAAGACCACUGAUGUGCAAUGUCAACAUACGGAUUUUGAAGGAGUGCAGUUCUCUCAUUUUCUAGUGUUUUGUUAGUCUGGAGGGCUUUCCAUGUCGGUACUUUGAAGCAACUUGUGAUAUUGGUCUUGUUUGGAAGUUGGGGGUAUGCAAAACUUACUGUCAUGUGAAUUUGAUUAGAAAUUUGUGUUGAAUGUAAAUAACUCUGCAUUCUGUUGUCAGUGCUGAGAAAUGGCCAUUUGUAAUGGUGCAUUUAAGUAGGCUGCUAAUCAGUUGUAAAUAUCGAACUUCAUUGUGAUCAUUUAAUAAACUUGCUUUUUUUUU